AUGAAAUUGAUUAUUAUCUCAUUUUGCGUUUUUUCGACAAUUUCUUGUUUGGAACUUAUUGGAAGAACUCAAUCGGCUGCGGUGAGAUUUUGAAAAUUAAUUCAAGAAAAUCUGAAAUUAAUUUCAGGUUAGAGGAAAAUUGACAUGCGAAGGAAAACCGGCUUCAGGAGUUAAAGUUAAACUCAUGGAAUCGGACAGUAGGUUUUGGGUUUUUAGCCGCGCGGGGUUUUGAUUUGAGAGAGACCCAGAGAUACAAAAAAUUCUCAGAGAGAAAUACAAAACAUUUCGUUUCGAGACCCAGCGCGGUUUUCAAUUUUUCCGAAUUCAAAGGUUUUUUCUCGUUCUCUCUGCGUCCAUCUCUCUCAAUUAAUUAAGGCCGUUCCACGAUUCUGAAAAAUAAAAAAAAAAUGUUUUUGAAUUUCAGACAGCUUCCUCCCUGGAUUCUUGGACAAAGAUGACAAAAUGGCAUCUGGAAAAGCUGAUUCUGAUGGAGGUUUCAAUUUGAGUGGAUCGACCAAAGAACUUACUGGAAUUGAACCAUAUUUGGCUGUUUUCCACGAUUGCAAAGAUGGAAUUACUGUAGGUUUUCUCUUUUUUUUAUAUUUGAAAAUUAAAAAAUUUGAUUUUUUUUUUGGUUUUCUGGAGUCAUUUUUCAAAUUAUCCAUUAUUUCCAGCCAUGUCAACGCGUUCUUCGCAUCAACAUUCCAAAAUCAUACACAAACUCCGGAAGCGCUGCCAAGAAAACCUAUGAUGCUGGAAUCAUUGAAUUGGCUGGAAAAUAUCCAGGAGAAACUAGAAGCUGUUUGAAUUAA